UGCACUAUGCACAAGAAACAAUGCGGACUUCUUCCACAAACCCAAAAACAAAAAACAGCAAUGGCUCAUGAAGAGAGAGUCAAAAAGCAGAAGAAGAGUCUCAUCAUAAGCUUCUACAAGUUCUCCACCUCCAUAAAAUCAUUAUCAUCAUCAUCAUCAUCAUCAUCAUCCGGACAUCAACACAGCAACAACAACAAAUCCGAGAAAACCAGAAUAAUCCCGUCACAAAUAGACAAACUCCCGCUUCCCACAUCGGAAACAACCGUCCAAUGCAAAAACAUCAACACCCACAUCUCCAAAACUCCGUACAAAGAAGAAGAUGUCGUGGUGGAGGGAGGGAGGAGAUCGGUGUCGUACGUGGAGACGAUGAGUGUUGCGGCGGCGGCGGCGAUGUUGUCGGUGAAGAUAGUGGCGGUGGACAUGCCGGGUUUCAUGCAGUCUCACGCCUUUAGGUGCGCCAGAAGGACUUUUGAUAGUUUGGACAAAUUUAGUUCUAAGCACAUGGCUUUCAACCUCAAGAAGGAGUUCGACAAAGUGUAUGGACCUGCAUGGCAUUGCAUAGUGGGCUCAAAUUUCGGGUCGUUCGUGACACAUUCCACUGGCUGCUUCCUUUAUUUCUCCAUGGAGAAACUCUACAUUCUCCUCUUCAGAACCAAAGUCCGUAGAGCUCUAGAUUGAAAUUUAUCUUAUUUCCAUUUCCAUUUGUCUAAGGUUCAUAAACUUAUACCGAAAGAAUGGAUUCCUGUAAAUGAAAUUUGUGGCUUUUCAUUUUA